AUGGAUAAUGAUGAAGCCUUUCAGGCUCCUAUCGAUAGAAUUCUUUGGGCUCAUAUCGCUUUCAUGUUCUUAGCUUUUGGUAUAAUAUUUCCUACGGGUAUGGUACUGGGCCUCAGUCGUUCUCGUUGGCAUGUUCCUGUUCAGAUAAUUGGUUCUAUUUUCACCAUAAUCGGUUAUUUUCUUGGACAUGCACAUGGUGGAAGAGAAUUCCCUGGUGAUAACAUUCAUAGUUUAUUUGCACCAUUCCUCAUUUAUACUCUAAUAAGCCAAGUUGGUAUUGGUGCUUAUCUAAAACUACAUUUUACAAGUGGUCCUAACAAAUGGUUUCGACCUUUAACAACAAAAAUUCAUAAAAUAAUUGGUAUCUUUAUACCUAUUUUGGGCUACGUACAAAUGGUAUUUGGUGUGAUAACUAUUGAUGGAUGGUGCAGGGGUGAAAAUAUAGGGCAAUGUCUUGCGCAUUUUAUUAUGGGUUCUUCAUUUAUAGCAUAUGGUAUCUUUUUAAUUUUGAUGUUAAGACUUGCAUCAGGAUGGCUACAGCGUAAAGGAAAAUCACAAGAUUACUAUGAUAGUUGGAUAAUCAUGGCUUGGGGAUUUGUAAACACUUUCACUGAACAUAGAGGUAAUGUUUGGUCUCAUAGAGAUUUACAGCAUACAUCGUUAGGAAUACUAUGGUGGGCUGGUGGUACUGUUGGUAUUUAUCUCUCCAGGAAUGGCAAAAGAAACAUAAUGCCAGCUCUUAUAAUUUUAUUUACCGGUUAUGCUAUGAGUUCACAUGCGCAGUCUUCUGAAAUAUCCACAAAAAUUCAUGCAAUGUUCGGCUAUGUGCUCAUGAGUGCUAGUGUAGUAAGAUUAGCUGAAAUUGGUUUUCUCUCUGAAAAAAAAUUGAUGUUAAUUUUUUCUGGACUUCUUUUCAUGGGUGCAAAUAUUGAACAGAUUUCAUUGUUAACAGAAUACGGCAUUGAUCCAUUCUCAUAUGCAUUGGUUCUUGCGAGUACUUCAUUUCUAAUAUUCUUUUUCACAAACAUCUUGAUAGAUUUAUAUUGGAGAUCUGGUCAAAAUGAUGGUGAACCAAUUGGUAAUAACGACAUAAUAGCUCAUAUGCCGUUACCUUUAACAGAUCCACAUAUUUCAAGUUCAAAUUCUGAAGAUGAUCAUGAUGUAUUAUUUCAACGUGCUAAAUCUAAUGAUGAUGAUUAUGAUUAUAAAGCAUAA